AUGGUCCUCGUAAAUCUCAACAACGGGGAAGAGCCCUACAUCCGCCUCCCCGCACCCCAUUCACAUAUAAUCAUCACCCCUCCUCGCUCUCUCCAUAAUACCCAACAGCAACAAAAGCAAGAGGACACAGAGGCUGAAACCGAGAUAAGACCACCACCCGUCGACAUCGACGCCGCAUUCACCGCACUGAACGAUGAGCGCGUACACCCCUACCUCGAAUCUCCACCAUACCCAUACAAUCGCGAAGAUGCGGUGACCUUUCAUCGCAUGAUGUACGAAGAUUGUCAACGUAUCCUCCGCCAUCCUUCGGAGGCAGGGUUGUACAAUGGCUGCCCCUUCCGCGACAUCCGCGACACCUCCUUCCCCCCUGGUUCCAGUUCUGCUCCUGACGGAGAUAAAGGGAGUGUAGCUGCAGCGCCAAAAGUAGGCGACAUACUAAUCAGCCGCUACCCCUUCUACGAGUUCCCGCCAGACAGCGAGCAGCGCGCAAAGGCGCAGGAGUAUAACAAUUCAUUGGCCGUGGGAGAUGAGAAUUUGAUCUGGGGGAUUGGAUUCUGGCUAUUACCCUCCCACCACGGUCAAGGCAUCAUGAGCGCCGUCCUCAACGCUCUGAUCCAUGAAUGGCUAAUUCCCAAAAUGAACGUACACAUUCUCAAAAGUAGUGCGUUUGUGGGCAACGAGGGCUCAGUGCGUGUGCAUGCGAAAUGCGGGUUUGUGGUUGAGCAAACUAUUGAAAAGGGUUCGAAGAUUUUGCCUAGCUUCAAAUUUGGGGGUGGUGGGAGGAGGGAUAUUUAUGUUUUGAGGUGGGUUAGAGAUGAUAAAGAUUAG